UCCCUCAAACACCUUGCCACAAGUACAUAAAGCUUCUGGAUACCGCAUUCUGAGUUGAUCUCUCGCAUUGGUACCGCAUCACACCGAUUUCAGCCACACUGCAGGGGCCAUUCGCGCAUUCGUAGCUGUUCCUGACGGCGAACACUAGCAUCUCGAGGCUACCAACACUCACAGCUCAUUGAAGCGCCAUCCCACGCAUUUGCGCAACCCCGCAACAUCACCAAAGUACGACGCAGCGAGCACCGAACGAUAUGCGAACAGAUAACCGAAUCAGAUGAUGGAGUCUAUGUCGACACAAGAGCGGCAGCUCUGCGAGUUCCUCAAGACCCAACCCCGCGUCCACAAGAAUCGAUAUACCCAGCAUGCUGAGAAUACCCUGCUCCAGUCCCUAUUCUGGUCCCUAGCUUGUGGAAGAUCCGACUAUCUGCGGCUCUUCUUCCCAGACAACACUCGUCCUCUGCAGAAUGCAACAUGGAAGCUGAGAAAGGCGCAAGGCGGGGCAGAUGGAGAUGAGUUCACCGAGGCAGCAAGAGGGAAGGCUUGCGGGCACAUCUUCAAAGCUGGCGAAGCUACGUACAGAUGCAAGACAUGCAGCCAAGAUGACACUUGCGUACUCUGCAGUCGAUGCUACGACUCUUCGGACCAUACGGGACAUAUGGUCUAUGUCAGCGUGUCUCUGGGCAAUAGUGGUUGUUGUGACUGUGGCGACCCUGAAGCAUGGCGAUUGCCAGUCCACUGCUCUAUACAUACCCCGCAUGAUGAUGAAUUGCAGGGCAAGGGAAAAGGAAAAGCUCCUUCGUUACCGAACGACCUUGUGGAAGCUAUCCGUAUGACAAUUGGGAGAGUGUUUGACUACAUCUGUGAUGUUAUAUCUUGCUCUCCCGAGCAGCUUCGUCUUCCGAAAUCCAAAGCCAACAUCCUCUUAGACGAAGAACAGUCACGGUUGACUUCACAAUUCUACGAUGGAGAUAUUGCAGAGGAUCCUUGCGAGUUUGCCUUGCUAUUGUGGAACGACGAAAAGCACACCGUUAACGAGGUUCGUGACCAAGUUGCGAGAGCUUGCAAAGUCACAUCUAGAGAAGGGCUACAGAGAGCACACGAGACUGAUGAUAUUGGACGGAGUAUCGUGAAGUAUAGUUUUGACGUGGACGAACUUCUUGCUGUUUCAGAAGUCAUUGAGCAGAUUAAAGUUACUGUCACGAUCCGCUCAGCUCGAGAUACCUUCCGAGAACAGAUGUGUGGCACUAUCAUUGAAUGGCUGAGUGACAUUGCUGGCUGCAGCGUAGGUUCGGAUCACAAUAUCUUACGACAAGUGGUCUGUGAGGAGAUGUUAAAGCCAUGGAGCCUUGGAAGUGAAGCAAGCAACAAGGAUGUAGGCAUGAAAGGAAUUGAUGACCACGAGAUUGAGGAGCGUGUCAACUACCGCGAAGCAAUGCUUAUGCAGCAGGCAAGAAUCAUCAGAGCUGCUGCUCUAGCUGCAAAUGCAGAAUCUGGCUCUGACGAUGACGACGAUAAUGAUGCUGCCUCGAAUCCAGAAGAACCGGACGACGAUGAUGAUGGCGAUGUUGUCUUUCAGAUUGAAGGGGGAACGGUUGAUGUAGAUGAUGCAGACGAAUCUGAGUUUGGCGACGGCCCUGCAACUAUGAUGGAAUAUUUGGUCCAAGUCCCAGCAAAUAUGGUGCCAGCGUCCGCAAGUCAGCGAACAGAUGCCGAUGGGGACGUUGACAUGGAUCAGAACGACCGUGAAAAUUCGCCCAUGGAAGUUUCAGAGGCUACCAUGGCUGGUUAUCCUCCACCACCACCUCCUCCGCCUCCAGCACCUGUCAGACCACUUCGAGAACCCAUUCGAGAUCGUGACCUCACCCCAUCAGAUUCCGAUACAGCAGAGAUGCAACCUUUGAUAGCACCGCCCAUCUAUGCCAAAGCUGGUCUUGACAUUCCUAAAACUCCACGGGGGGUUGCUAAACUGCAAGAUGCUCCGAGACCUCCUAAAUACUGGCUCGAGACCCCUCCCGGAUUCCGAGAAGCAAUGCCUGUCGCUAUACAUGAGAAUCUGUUCAAGCGCCUGAGGCUGGACUGGAUGAUCUUGUUCGAUUUGCGAAUGUGGAAGAAAGUUCGUAUCGACCUUCGUGAUCUCUACAUCUCCACAGUGGUCACUAUUCCGGAAUUCAAGCGCAUCCUUGGCUUAAGAUUUGCUGGUCUUUAUACUACGCUCGCGCAGCUUUAUCUGAUAGCUGAUCGAGAGCCUGAUCAUUCAAUUAUCAACAUUUCACUUCAGAUGUUGACGACACCAACCAUCACAGCUGAAAUCAUCGAGAGAGGCAAUUUCCUGACGAAUCUAAUGGCAAUUCUGUACACGUUCCUCACCACUCGACAGGUCGGGCACCCUCAUGAAAUCAACCCAAAUGCCACCUUAGCAUUUGACUCUGGUUCUGUCACCAAUCGAAGGAUGUAUCAUUUCUUCAUGGAUCUCAGAUAUCUCUUCAGUUCGGAUCACGUUCAGGAGAAGCUUCGUGUCGAUGAUAGGUAUAUGUUGCAAUUCUUGGACCUAGUCAAGCUUCAUCAAGGCAUCUGUCCCAAUGUUCGAGCUGUCGGAGAACACGUCGAGUACGAGACCGACGCUUGGAUCAGUGCCUCUUUGAUCACUCGAGAAAUCAACCGAUUAUGUCGACAAUUCUCGGAAUCAUUCAAGUGGAGUCCUGGGGAGGAUCACACGUACAUAUCUAAUGCCAUCAGAUUAACUGCCAAAGCUGUCAUUCUCAACUCCUUGGGGACAGAGAGGAGACGCUUUGUGCAAGCAGAAAUUAAGGAUGAGAUCAAAUUCAAGAAAGUUGGCGACUACGAAUUCGACACAACAGAAAGAUCAGGAAAGUUUCUACAACACCACGUCGUCAAAUUUGUUGUGGAAUCGCAGCCUAUCAGUUUUCACCAUGCUUUACAUUACACCCUGUCGUGGCUCAUCGAGUGUGGCAAGAAUAUGUCACGGGAGAAUCUUCAGCAUUUAUUGAGCUUCACCACAGCUGAUCUACUCCAGAAGCCGAAAUCAAUGGGGCAAAGAACGAUGCCAAGCCAAGAGUACACACCCGAAGACCAUCUCAUGGCCGCCUUCGACUAUCCUCUACGCGUUUGUGCCUGGCUAGCGCAAAUGAAAGCUGGCAUGUGGGUACGCAAUGGUAUGAGUCUUCGUCAUCAGAUGGGUACAUACCGGGGUGUCAGUCAGCGGGACGUCUCCCAUCAUAGAGAUAUCUUCUUGCUACAAACUGCGAUGGUAGUGUGCCCUCCGGCGCGAGUUUUGGUAUCAAUUAUUGAUCGCUUUGGACUCGAACACUGGAUGAAGGGGAUCUAUGAGCAAAAAGCAGAUAGCCUUGAAGAUGGUCAGGUCCUGGACGUGGUGGAAGAUUUGAUCCACCUCCUCAUCGUGCUGAUCAGCGAUCGAACGUCUCUAGUUACUAGCGAAGAGGACCAAAGUCCACAUGUGCUUGCCAUGAGAAGAGACAUUACGCAUGUGCUUUGCUUUAAGCCAUUGUCAUUCUCUGAGAUCUGCAGUAAGUUGCCAGACAAAUUCCAGGACCAAGAAGAGUGCCAAGACAUCCUCGAUGAGAUGACUACCUUCAAACCUCCCGAGGGCCUGUCGGAUGUCGGGACUUUUGAACUGAAAGAGCAAUUUCUCGAGGACAUCGACCCAUAUAUUGCGCAUUACAACAAGAACCAGCGUGAAGAAUCUGAAAACGCGUACAAGAUCUGGAUGGCAAAGAAGACAGGACGAGCUGCCACAGACAUUGUCUUCGAGCCCAAGCUUAAGGUCAUCGAGUCAGGUGCUUUUGCAGACCUUGCGGCUUUCACGAGGACUGGCAUAUUUGGACAAAUUGUCUACUAUGCUUUGAUGUACAGUGUUCAGGCUCAAGCUGUGGCACCUACCGUCCCAAUGACUCGAGUUGAGGCUUUCUUACAAGUUGUCCUUCAUCUUGUCCUGAUUGCUAUCGCUGAAGAUAAAACCGAUGAGGACGAGAUGUCAGAAGAGUCUCUCCAGUCUUUCGUUUACAUUGCUCUCACUGCUCCAGCUCGCACCAAUUUCCUUAAACAGUCACCGCCGUCAAAGACAAUUGCAGCCCUGCUGGAAAUGCUAUCUCGGAAAGACGAAUACAAGGCUUGCCAUACGAAGAUUGCGCUUGUCUUGAAGCGAAUGAAGCAAAAGCAACCGCGGAAUUUCGAGGCAUCCUUCGCUCGCUUGGGCGUACCUGUUGAUAGGAUUUCAACAGCUUCUCCGGCAAACAACAACGUCCUUGAAGAUCGCGAGAAGAAGAAGCAGGCUGCAAUGGAAAGACAAGCCAAAGUUAUGGCCCAAUUUCAGCAACAGCAGAGAAAUUUCAUCGAUAAUCAAGGCGACAUCGAUUGGGGUGAGGAUGACAUUAGUGAUGAUAACUUGGAGGUAGAAGGAGAAGAUCAGAAGACUUACUGGCAGUAUCCUUCUGGCACAUGCAUCCUCUGCCAAGAGGAGACCAAAGAUGGAAGAUUAUAUGGCACUUUCGCACUGGUGACCCCAAGUACAAUCUUACGACAAACAGACUUUCAAGAUCCAGACUUUGUUCGUGAGGUUGCCAAGACUCCUUCAAGUCUAGACCGUUCUGCCGAAAGCAUUCGUCCUUGUGGAGUGGCUGGUGAAAACAGAGAGCAGGUUCAUAAAGUCACAGCUAGUGGCGUCGAGAUUGUCACGGAACGCCAGUUCAUCGGCAAAGGAUUCCCAUCAGGCUCAACCCGCAACGGGCCUGUCUCGGUCGGUUGCGGCCACAUCAUGCACUAUAAAUGUUUUGAAGUCUACUAUGAAGCUUCAAAUCGCCGACACCAACAUCAGAUUGCUCGACAUCAUCCCGAACGCCUGGAUAUGAAUGAGUUCGUUUGCCCUUUGUGCAAAGCCUUGGGAAAUUCAUUUUUGCCCAUCAUUUGGGCUCCAAAGGAAGAAUUAUCCAUCAACCGCCUACAGCCCAAAACAAACUUUAACGACUGGAUUAAAUCUGUCACUGUCCAAUCUGAUUCAGUACCUCUGGCUUUCCCGAACUCCGGCGAACGAGAAAGGGCCUUCUUCAUGCAGCAAAACAAUUCUGUAUUGCUGAAUUCACUGAAUGCAAGAACAUCCGACUUGCUGAGCGAAGCUUGGAACCCACUGGUGCCUGCAGUCACGCCUACAGCUAUGGGAUUAUUGCCAUUGGGACCAUUACCUCCAGGACCGACACCGGGCCAUACCAUUCGUUUAGACCACAGUUCCUCGAACUCCUCUAAUUCACCAACACACAAUAGCUCUCUGAUGACAGAAUUAGUGGGAAUAUAUCGUCGCCUGCGGGACACCAUGCAAAAGAACAGGCUUCCAACACGACAUCGAAUUUUGCCAAGCCAACAAAAUGAUGGGCCUCUGGACGAUCUUUGUGCCAAUGAUACCCUUGCCCAAAGCCUAGGCUUCUCGAUUUCUGCGGUUGAAAUACACCAACGUGGGGUUGCCUCACAGAGUGUUAUGACCUUCCUCGAAGGUGUACCACAACAAGCUCUUGUUCAUCUCAGGGUGCUUGCAGAAACAGCAUCAUCGUAUGUUUCUGUUGGCGGAGUCAGGAUGGGUAGUCGCAUCGCUCAAGACUUUACGACUGACUAUGAGGAUCAAUUCCAGCAGCUCUUCUUGCCAUCAAGCUUGAAGCAAACCACGGGACAGGAAUCGACUUAUCGAGAUUCAACUGCUGAAUGUCUACUCGAGAAAGACAUAUUCGUAUUUCUCACGGAGUGUUCUCUAUGCUUGGCUGCCAUGGAUGAUGAAAUCGACAUCAUGCACGUUAUCAAACUCUGCUAUCUCGCGGAGCUCAUCAAAGUCGUGAUGAAGAUGAGUCGUAACAAGGGCAAAUCGAGCUUCUUGUCGUGGAUCAACUACGACUUCGAACCAUCGAAUCCCCAAGGCCUUGAUGCAUUCAAGUACUUCUGCUGUCAGGUUCGCUCCUGGGACCUAUCGAAUGGCAGUCACCGGAAGGAGCCUCCAAGCUCCGUCAUGGAGCAGCCUUGUUUCGAUGGAGCAGAAUCAUGUCGCUCCUUCGCCAAGAAGUACGCACUCGUGUUUCUUCGAAAAGUUGCUCUAUUGCUGCACGUCCGCUAUGGCGUCGCGUUCCAUAACCAUGUUUCUUCAGACCCUAGUGCAGAUGAACUUGAUCGACUGACCGAGGCACUUCGCUUACCGACUUUUGACGAGAUGUGUGCGUCGAUAUACGGCAAAAGUCCGCUGUCUCCUCUUGCCCAAGGCUGGGUACUGCGUGCUGGUUGCCAUCCACAGACUUCAGAAAGCCCUUCGAAGAUCUCCCUCAGCCAUCCAGCAAUUUUUGAGCUCAUUGGAUUACCGAAGAACUACGACACAUUGAUGGAGGAGACCAUGAAGCGCCGAUGUCCAACGACCGGCAAAGAUGUAUCGGAUCCAAUGCUCUGCUUGUUCUGUGGCGUCAUUACCUGUGGCCAAAGCAUAUGCUGUCUGAAGGACGGACCACGAUCUCCUACUGGCAGGGUCCAACAAAUUGGUGGAGCCCAGCAACACAUGCUGAAGUGCCAACAAAACAUUGGUCUCUUCAUCAAUAUUCGCAAGUGCACGGUCUUCUACCUAUACCAUACUUCAGGCUCGUGGAUGGUGGCUCCGUACAUCGACAAGUAUGGUGAAGUCGAUCCAGGAUUGAGACAUUCGAGACAAUUGUUCCUGAAUCAAAAGCGAUAUGAUGCCUUACUGAGGACUGUCUGGCUGGGCCAUGGAGUUCCCAGCGUGAUUUCCCGAAAGUUGGAGAUGGAUAUCAACAAUGGUGGUUGGGAGACGAUUUAGAUCUUGGUUGCUGGACUGAGGUAGAGAAGUUGAUGGAUAAACUUCGAUGGUCUGUCUUUAUCGGCGUUUAGAUGAGGAUGACGGUUAACGAAUUGGGGGAAUAUCAUUUUGAUGCUUCCGAACGAAAACCGGUUCAUGCAUGUGCGGUUUAGUAUGGCGUGGUAGAUAGAUUUCAGUGUUUUGUUAAUGCAUGGACUUUACCGUG